UUUACACGAGCUAUUCCAAUAAGCCUUUGGUGCGGCCAGUUCACAAGCCAAUGCUAACGCGUUUAACCAGCAAUUCGGACCCAACGGAUUUGGAGCAAGUGCUGCCAAUGCUGGAGCGCAAUCCUUCUUCAACCAGGGACCUGCGGGUGGAUUCGGAGCCUCCGCUGCCAACUCAGCCUCCCAAGGAUUCCAUGCUGGACCCGGAGGAUUAUCGGGAUCAGCCGGACAGUCAGGAAGUCAAUCGUACAAACUGCCAGGAAAUCAUGACAUCAGCCUUUCGUAUACUGGAGGAUUCUCGGUUGUUGACGGCAAACCAAGCGUUUCCCAAGGAAACUCCAUUAGCUUCACAUAAAGAACCGACUGUUUUUUUUAGGUUGGUAUAAACGGAAUCAGCAGAAAUUUUUGGUGAUUUAAAAGAAGUAAUAAAAUUAGGAAAACUA